AGAAUCACUAGGCGCCGGCGCCUCCGAGGCAGCGUGUUUCCUCCCAGAGCUGGAGUCUCCCAGCUGCCAGCCGACCCCGAACCCGCACUCCCGCCAACCGCGCUUUUUGUGGGCGGUCGGAAACCACAGCCUGCGUUGGAUAUGUUCGGUGCAUGUUAUAAACAACCACUUAAACCCUCCGGAUCUGAGCCUCCCGCAGAGGAAUGCAGAAUGACGCCACGGCACGCAGGAUGUGAUGUCACCGAGAUGCACAGGACACUCAGUCAAUCAACAUUUACUGAGCAUCUACUUCGUGCCGUAUGUACGAAGCUAGCAAAUAUGUACAGCACCAGUACUGAUUGCAAGGAGUACUGUAGAAGAGGAAUGACAGCCAAACAAUUAAAAGCGGAGGCGGGGAGAUUGACUCUUUUCGCCGACACCUUGUAUUUCGUCUGGCAACCUUACUCACCCCUCAACCAUCUGUUUGAGUUGUUUAGAGUUAUGGAUGUAGUUAAAGUACGAAGCCAAAUGUGUGGGAAUAAUAACGCCAAAUUCAAGAUAGUGGUUUCAAUGGAGCACGAAGGAGAAAAACACCAUCAGGGGUCUUGUCAACGGAAAGGGGUCCCUAUCCAGACCCCAAGAGAGCGUUCUUGGAUCUCUUGCAAGAAAGAAUUCGAGGCAAAUCCAUAGAGUAAGCAAGGCAAGUUACUUCUAUAUAGAAGGGUGCACCCUUACAGAUGAAACAAUGCUUAGUGAUGUGUGUCAGACCUCUGAGCCCAAGCUAAGCCAUCAUAUCCCCUGUGACCUGCAUGUAUACAUCCAGAUGGCCUGAAGCAAGUGAAGAAUCACAAAAGAAGUGAAAAGGGCCGGUUCCUGCCUUAACUGAUGACAUUCCACCAUUGUGAUUUGUUUCUGCCCCACCUUAACUGAGCAAUUAACCUUGUGAACUUCCUUCUCCUGGCUCAGAAGCUUCCCCACUGAGCACCUUGUGACCCCCGCCCCUGCCCGCCAUAGAACAACCCCCUUUGAUUGUAAUUUUCCUUUACCUACCCAAAUCCUAUAAAAUGGCCCCACCCCUAUCUCCCUUCGAUGACGCUCUUUUUGGACUCAGCCUGCCUGCACCUAGGUGAUUAAAAAGCUUUAUUGCUCAUGCAAA